CCCCGCGGCCCGGCAGCGCGCAGCGCGUUCUGCUCCCGCCUCCCUCCUUCCCUCUUCUCGGAGGCUCUGCGCUGUUCCUCCGGCCCUGCCGACACCUGUGGGGGAGGCCCGUGAAGAGUCCGUCCCUCUACCCGCAUCUCCUUCCUUUGGGCAGGGAAUGGGGCGCUGGGAGCACCUGGCGCGGAGGUUUGCUGCCUCUUGAGCCGUCCCGCACCUCGGUGUGCCCGCACAGCUCCGGGGUUUGGCUUUCUGCCGGUGGGGUUUGGCUGUCCAACGCCCGCUGAGCCUGGGAACAGCAGCGGUGACACAUCAUGUGCCAGGCGCAAUCCAGGUGGCUGAAGGAUGCCCCUGGGAGAUCUCAAUAGGCACCGAAGGCCUCAAACUUUUGUAGGCGUGAAAAGCAAAGAAAUUAGAAUUGUUUCUGAAAACUCUUUCAAAGAAACCUGGUUCCAGCUUCCAAACGGCUGAAAAAAGCCCCAACGUCUGCUCUAGUGCUCGGAAGGUGAAGGCUGCAGGGCAGGAGUGCUUCCCCCGCCAUCCUGCUGCGAGCUGGUGCCUGUGCUGUGCUGGGAAUGGAAAGCCACGAACGAGACUUGGCAGUGGUCUGUUUUAUGUGAUGAUCUGAGGUCCCCAGGAUGACCUAGCACUUACCUUCACAAACUGGGCCAAGCGAAAGGCCGAGGUGACUUGAAAGAACCCUAGAGGUGGGACCAGGCCAGGAGCAAAGCGAGUCCCAACCUGAUCAUAUCUGGUCAGAGCUAUAUCUUCUUCUUAAGAGACGCGUUACUGGAGCAGACCUGGAUCUUUUAGCAUCCACUUGAGCUGGAAGCAGCUCAUAGUUUGUUUUGUUUUCUUGUUUUGUUUUUUUUUAAUUAAUGUUUGUACAAUCUUCUGGAUGUUUUUUUUCAAGAAGGAGUAAAAGGGAGUGUUGGAAACAAACAAACAGGAUUAAAACCCUGAGCGCUUAAGGAAGCCAGGUUAAGGAACUUAAUCCAGGAUGGAUAUGCAGGAGCCUCAGCAGCUGGGUAUGUUUGGAGAGAGCGAGCUGAUGUCUGUGGGGAUGGACACUUUUAUCCAUCGCAUCGACUCUACUGAAGUCAUCUACCAGCCACGGCGGAAAAGGGCCAAGCUCAUUGGCAAGUACUUGAUGGGAGACUUGCUUGGAGAAGGAUCUUAUGGCAAAGUCAAGGAGAUGCUGGACUCUGAAACCCUCUGUAGGAGAGCUGUGAAAAUUCUGAAGAAGAAGAAGCUACGCAGAAUUCCCAACGGGGAGGCAAACGUGAAAAAGGAAAUCCAGCUCCUGCGACGACUGCGGCACAAAAAUGUUAUCCAGUUGGUGGAUGUGUUAUACAAUGAAGAGAAGCAGAAAAUGUAUAUGGUGAUGGAGUACUGUGUGUGUGGGAUGCAGGAGAUGCUGGACAGUGUCCCAGAAAAGAGGUUUCCAGUUUUUCAGGCUCAUGGGUACUUUUGUCAGCUUAUAGAUGGCUUAGAAUACUUACACAGCCAAGGGAUUGUCCACAAGGAUAUAAAACCUGGGAACCUCCUGCUGACCACCAAUGGGACGCUGAAAAUAUCUGACUUAGGCGUAGCAGAGGCAUUGCAUCCAUUUGCAGAGGAUGACACGUGCCGAACGAGCCAAGGGUCGCCAGCAUUCCAGCCACCAGAAAUUGCCAAUGGCCUUGAUACCUUUUCAGGCUUUAAAGUAGACAUCUGGUCCGCAGGGGUCACACUAUACAACAUUACAACGGGUCUCUACCCCUUUGAAGGGGAUAAUAUAUAUAAGUUAUUUGAAAACAUCGGGAAAGGUGACUUCACAAUUCCAGAGGAUUGUGGUCCUCCACUCUCAGACUUAUUGAGAGGGAUGCUUGAAUACGACCCAGCCAAGAGAUUUUCAAUACAGCAGAUAAGGCAGCACAACAGACACAUGGAAGUCACUAGAUAACCUUCCUCCAGCUCUGCUGGAGCUCUGGCAACAUCCACUUGGCUUUUUUUUUCCCCUCCUAUUAGAGC